GCGAACCAUAGACACCAUGGAGGUCUUACUCGGCAUUACAGGCAAGGACUUCUGCAUCGUAGCCGCCUCGAAAGCGGCCAUGCGAGGCGCAUCCAUCCUGAAAGCGAACGACGACAAGACCCGGACACUGAACAAGAACACCCUCAUGGCCUUCAGUGGCGAGCCAGGAGACACGGUCCAAUUCGCCGAAUACAUACAAGCCAACAUCCAGCUUUAUAGCAUGCGCAACUCCUCCGACCUCUCACCCUUCGAAGUAUCGUCCUUUGUGCGCGCAGAACUUGCCAAGUCACUACGCUCGCGGUCACCGUAUACCGUGAAUCUACUGUUAGGUGGUUACGAUUCGAUCAAGCAAAAGCCAGAGCUGUAUUGGAUCGACUAUCUUGCUUCGUCGGCUCCAGUACCGUACGCAGCUCACGGCUAUGCCCAAUAUUAUUGUCUAAGUAUACUGGACAAGCAUCACCAUCCGGACAUCUCUUUUGAGCAAGGAAUGAAGAUUCUCAGGAUGUGCACAGACGAGUUAAAGAGACGGUUACCGAUUGACUUCAAGGGCGUGAACGUGAAAAUCAUCGAUAAAGACGGCAUAAGAGAAGAGCCGUACUCGGACGACAAGCAGGUUUACGCUCCAUGACGCUCUUUUUGGAAAGUGCGAAGAAGGUUGCAUGGCGUCUGGCGUGGGAAGGAGCAUAGCUAUACCGCCAGCGAAGGCUCUCUGCAGCAGUCGGCGAAGUGAAUGUACAUGUAUGGCGUUCUUCUACUACAAUGUUCGACAGAUCUUACAUACCUCGUCAUAGCAUCUCACCAACAGGCGGCUACUCACUAACGACAAGACUUCUUAUUCUCAC